AUGAAUUGGGCGGCGACGUUGAGCAGAAAAAACGUCGUCUCUGUUUUCCCGAGCAAGAAGUUGCAGCUUCAGACUACGAGAUCGUGGGAUUUUUUGGGCUUCCCUCAACCCACGACGAUGAAGAACCCAUCAGAUGUUGGUAGUGAUGUCGUGGUUGGAGUUAUAGAUAGUGGAAUUUGGCUGGAAUUGCCAAGUUUUGACGACCGUGGUUUUGGUCCUCCGCCGGCCAAAUGGAAGGGUGUAUGCAAAGGCGGAUCCAAUUUCACUUCCGACGGCGUCGACGUUAUCUCCGUAUCGAUCAGGACACUCGAGGCCGUUGAUAUAGAUGCCGACACCAUCGCAAUCGGUGAUUUUCACGCCACACGCGGAGGAAUCCUCACCGUGCAUUCCGCCGGGAACAGCGGCCCGCAAUCUGCCACCACGUGCAGUGUGGCUCCGUGGUUGCUCUCUGUCGCCGCCAGCACCAUCGACCGGAAAUUCGAGUCCAAAGUUGUUCUCGGCAACGGGAAUAUAGUCACAGGGGUUUCAGUGAAUGCAUUCGCGGAGAAUGGAGUGGAGUCGCCGUUGAUACAUGGAGAUGCAUCACUUGGCUGCGCAGGAGCUUGCGAUCCUGGUUGUCUGGACAGCAGUGUAGUGAAGAACAAAAUUGUGAUAUGCGAUUCCAGCGACGGCAAGAAGGUGGCUUUUGAAGCUGGCGCUAAGGGAGUUAUCUACCCUUACAAUAGUCCUGAUGCUGCCUCUGUUGUCGCCUUGCCUGCCUCCGGGGUGGAUUUCCAAAGCCUUGACGCCAUUAUCUCAUAUCACAACUCUACUAAAAAUCCUGUGGCCGAGGUACUGAAAUGUGACAUCGUGAGAGAUCCCGGAGCGCCAUUGGUGGCUUCCUUCUCCUCCAGAGGUCCGAAUUCGAUCAUCUCUGGCAUUCUCAAGCCGGAUGUGAGUGCUCCUGGGGUGGAUAUCUUGGCUGGGUUUUCUUUCUCCGGUAGCAUCAAUAACUGAUGACCCUGAUGAUAAAAGACGAUACAGUUUCAAUGUGUUAUCUGGAACUUCUAUGUCCUGCCCACAUGUCACCGGCAUAGUUGCCUACCUCAAAACCCUGCACCCCGAUUGGUCUCCUUCUGCCCUCAAAUCCGCCAUCCUCACCACUGCGACACCAAUGAAUCCGGGGAAUGUUCAGGAUCCAAGCCUUACAUUUGUAUCUACAGAAUUCGCUUAUGGAUCGGGGCAGCUGAAUCCUAUGAAAGCCAUAAAUCCAGGACUUGUCUAUGAAACUUCAGCACAGGAUGACGUCAACUUGCUCUGCAACUUGGGCUAUGAUACCGACAGACUCAGAACUGUCACCGGUGACAAAAACAGCAGUUGCCUCGCUCGAGCUGACCCGUCUGCUAUAAAAGACUUCAACUACCCUUCCAUAACCUCUGUUGUUUCGGCCUUUCGGGUAUGAGGGUUGCUUUCAAAAUUGCAUUUCUUAGAACGGUGACGAACGUGGGAACAACGAAGUCGACAUACACAUCCCAAAUUGUACCGACCAUGGGUAGACUAAAGAUUGAAGUGACGCUGCCGGUUCUUUCUUUUUGGGGCCUUGAACGAGAAGAAGUCUAUCACCGUGACUGUAUCGGGAGGUAAAGCUCCGACGAAUGGGUUUUUACUUUUUAGCCUCUGCGUCACUAAUUUGGAGCGACGGGGUACAUAGUGUUAGAAGCCCAAUUGUUAUUUACACAUAAUAACGAUCCUUCAUGAUUUCCCGACUCCCAUUGCUUGUUCAUCUGAAUAUGAAGAGAAGGGCCUGAGCAAGCACUCAUUUAUAUUUUUUGGAUUGCUAUUCGUCGUCCUAAAAAUCCUUAUUUGUGGCUCUAAUUUGGUUA